GCGACCUGUGACUGCCGAUUCGUCGGAUUCAUCACGCUCUCUCUCUCUCUCUCUGUGCGCUCCCGCUUCUCGCUGUGAAUCCAGUUCACUUCCUACUUCCACUUCACCCGACCCCUCCCAAAGGUCGCUUUUUUAUUUAGCCUUUCUUUUUCGUGUGCAAAGCCCGUUUCGCCUUCUUCUCUCCCCCCCCGAGUGCGGUUAGUUAGCGGCCAUUGCUGUCGCUGUCGCUGUCAGUGUUGUGUACUCCAUUUUCUCGCCCCGACCCCUCUGAUUGGCCCUCCGCGUCUACAAAUCGCUCGCCACCGUCGCGCGGAGAAAUUUGCCCUCCCGGCUGAUCGGAUUCUUGCUCGAAUUCUUUGGUCCCCCGCUUGCAGAUCUGGGUGGACGCCUGGCUGUCUCAGUGGUCGCGCCUCUUGACUGGCUCGGGGGCUUGUUCUUGAUUCCAUUUGCUUUGGUCUAGCUUGUGAUCUUCUGGAAGAUACUUCAGCUUCAAUCUUCUGGAAGUGCUCCUAAAGGCUGCAUAUUUCCACAUUUUCAGAAGAAAUUUCUGUGGCACUUCAGCUUGGAUUGAGCUGUGUGUGACUGGGGCAAUUCUCCCUGGUCUCUUUUAGAAAGGCUGGAUGGGUUCCAGGUUUCCUUCCCAUCAGUUAAGCAAUGGCCUAUAUGUGUCAGGCCGAAAAGAGCAGCCAAAAGAAAAGACUCCAACAAUGAGUUCCGUUGCCAUGCCCUAUACUGGGGGUGACAUAAAAAAAUCAGGAGAACUCGGUAAAAUGUUUGAUAUUUCUGCAGAUGGGUCUAAAUCACGGAAAUCAGGGCCAAUUACCGGUGUUCCUUCAAGGACUGGAUCUUUUGGAGGCGCUGCGUCACACUCUGGCCCUAUCAUGCAUAAUGCUUCCAGUCGAGCAGCCUAUACCACAGCUGGCCCUGUAACUUCUGGUCAUAUACCUAGCUCUGCUUCAUUGAAGAAGACAAAUUCCGGUCCUCUGAAUAAACAUGGAGAACCUAUAAAAAAGUCAUCUGGUCCUCAAUCUGGGGCAGUCACGCGUCAAAACUCUGGUCCUAUACCUCCUAAUCUUCCAACAACAGGUCUGAUCACUUCUGGACCUAUUACUUCGGGGCCAUUAAAUUCAUCUGGAGCCCCUCGAAAAGUAUCUGGUCCAUUGGACUCUGUUGGAUCAGUAAAACUUCAGAGUUCUGUUGCUCAUCUUCAAUCUGUAACCACUCUUGGCCAAGAGGACGAAUCUUCUUUCAUGAGGACCCUGCCAAAGUCAAUUAUGUGGUCAGUGAUUCUAAUAUUUGUGAUGGGAUUCAUUGCCGGUGGGUUUAUUCUUGGAGCUGUCCACAAUGCCAUUCUUCUGAUUGUAGUCGUGGUCCUCUUUGCCUUGAUUGCUACAUUGUUCACUUGGAAUACCUGGUGGGCAAGAACAGCUAUCACGGGUUACAUUGCUCGAUAUCCUGACAGUGAUCUCAGAACUGCGAAAAAUGGCCAAUAUGUGAAAGUCUCUGGGGUUAUCACAUGUGGUAAUGUGCCUCUUCAAUCAUCUUUCCAUAAAGUGCCUAGAUGUGUCUAUACAUCUACAGCUCUGUAUGAGUACAGAGGUUGGGAUUCUAAAGCAGCCAAUCCUACACAUCGUCGUUUUACAUGGGGACUUAGAUCAGCAGAAAGGCAUGUCGUGGAUUUCUACAUCUCGGAUUUCCAGUCUGGACUGAGAGCUCUAGUUAAAACUGGCUAUGGUGCACGGGUUACUCCUUAUGUCGACGACGCCACUGUUGUUGACAUCAAUCCAUCAAACAAGGAUAUGUCUCGUGAGUUCAUCAGGUGGUUGGGGGAGAGGAAUCUUUCGUGCGACGAUCGUAAGAUGCGACUGAAAGAAGGGUAUAUUAAGGAAGGCAGUACAGUUAGUGUGAUGGGUAUUGUCCAGAGGAACGACAACAUGGUGAUGAUCGUGCCUCCACCCGAGCCAUUUACCACCGGAUGCCAAUGGGGACAAUGUAUAUUUCCAGCAAGUCUCGAUGGCAUUGUUUUGAGAUGCGAAGAUACGUCCAAGAUCGAUGUAAUCCCCGUGUGAUAGAUUGGCAUGAACUUGUCUUCCUGUUCUCAGGCAAAUACAUGGUUCGCUUUAUUAAUGUGAGAAGGUAAUAUCGAUGUUUCAUAGUGAGAAUAUGGUGCAAUGAGUUUGGUGAUUUAACAAGGAGAAGUGGGUUUUUCUCCUUCUCUAUUUUUGACUUUUCUGUGUAUAGCUUGGAGGUAAUUCUUUAUUUUCAUGUUUUAUAAGGCUAUUGCCUCUGUAAUGGGUGGGGAUUUCAUUGUAGAUUCCGCGGGCUUCGACGACAGGCUAGACUGUCUCCAUGUUGUAAGUCAAGAAAGUCCUGGUAUUCGCUGAGCAUGUCAUCUUGCCUCUCGAGUUUCGGAUUUAUCAAAUUAGCUUUUGACUGAUCUGUUCUUC